AUGAAUGUCGAAAAGAUCACCGAAGAGCUGCAAGACCAUCGUGAAUACAUUUUGAAAACUCUAGUUGCGGUAGAGCACACCGAGGCAGAGCUUCAAAAUUCACUGUCUCAUGUAAAUUCUCUAGCAGAACAAAGCUUGAAAUGCGAGGUGAAAGCUGAGAUCGAAGCUUUGUUCAAGGGAGAGAUGAUGAUUUCACAAAGACUGCAAAAGAUCGAAAAACAGCUGAAUCAGACCGCUUCACCUGAAAAAGGAAUCGAUCAGCAAUUAGAUGCUUCUGGGUUAAUUGAGAAUUUGAAAUCGAAGAUUUUGUCAUUGGAAUCAAUGAUCUCUGAAGUUGAAUGGAUCUUCAAGAUGCCUGAUGUCGGUCUGCAGUCCGUCGGUACCAUGAUCUCUUUCUGCAAAGAUAAGCUCGAGGAACACGAUAAAGAGCUCCUGUUAAUGCGUGCCUCUCGGACUGCUGAGCUCUCGUACGAGGACAAGAUAUCAGAUCAACUUGCCGAAUUAAGCCAAAAACUUCUUGAUCAUGGAGAUUUGAUGCAAAAACAAGAUCUGAGGCUCUCCGGCAACGUGGAACAUACGAAGAAGCUUGAGUUCGAAUUGUCGCAGCUGAUGCAGCUCUUUGGCAGGGUUGACAAUUGUGAGUCCAUGUUGGCAAAGCAUCAAACCACAAUCCCUUCAAUGGGAAGUCAGUUAGAAAGUUUCAUUCAGGCAUUGCAGGAUAUGCAAAGUAAGAUGGAAAUGAUUCAUGUGAAAGAACCUUUCUCAGCACCGUCCACUAAGGGUAUGAAUCUAGGUUUGUUCGAUGCUGAAUCUGAAGGAGAAAGUGAGCUUUCACUGGAUGAUAGAUUGUCUAGCAUCGAGAAUGCUUUGAUAUUGUUACUUGAAGCGCCAGAAGUCUCUGAGACAGAUAUCGUUUUGCCUGAAGGAAAACAAUUCUCCUUACAAUCCUCACCCAUUGAUGAGAAUAAGACGAUGCUUCAGAAAAGCACAAAAACAUUGAAAGGACCGGUGAAGACUCUGUUUGACCAUAUAGCACGUAUUGAAGAAGUCUCUCGCAUUCUUUGUCACCAUGGUACGGCAAUCAGAACCAUUCAAAGCAAUCAGGCUAGUUGGAAAGAGAUGACGAUGAAAGUCACCGACUGCAUCUCUUUGGUGUCUAGUCUGGUUUCAGACAUAAAGAUUCUGAGACAUGGAGAUGGGUCUGAGAAUCAGAUUCGACUCGAAGGACCUCUGCUGGUCCCUUCAUACCAGGAUGCCAACAUUGAUAUCGCGGCGUUGAAUUUCAAGUUGAAUCAAAUCCAAGAGAUCCUUGACAUUUCUUCCGAUGAAGAGAAAAUUGCUACUAGUCUUCGAUUGAAUACCUUGAAUGAGGCAGUCGGACAUCAACAGAAGGUAGUCGACAAACUGAAUGAGGACUUGAAACGAUGGAGUUGCUCGCUGGAGAAGACAUUAGAAGUUGCAAAUGAGGCAUUCGGAGAUAAAACACCGUUUGCAAUUCGGAGUUACGUGGACUGCAUAGAGGAAGACGUCAAAGACUGCCAUCUCUCCAUCACAAGAGUAAAAGAGGAACUCUUACAAUCGCAAAACAAUUUCGAGUUACAACUUUAUGCGCUUGAACAAGAAGUGUCUCAAAAACAAGACGCUUUUGUUGAUGAUUUUGAAACAUUGAAGUCUGCUCAAGAUGAUCUCAGUAAUCGAUUUGCAGAAUUGAGAUUGUGGGCUGAAAGGUCGUUUUCUGAAAUAGCCUUGAAGCUUGCACGCGUAGAAGAGGCGGCCGAUGGUUCACGUCAUCCUGUCGCGGAGUUUGUUGACAGCUCUAAAUCAGAAGAUGUCAACAACAGUCUAAUUUUAGUUGAGAAUCCGGCAACAAAGCCAGAGUUUCCUCUUCGUGUGGAUGAUGCUAUAUUGCAAAGCAUUUGUAAUCGCAUCGCAUCCUUAGAAAACACAUGUUUUGAAAAUCAGAUGAAUCAACAAGCUGACGAUGACGUGUCAGCUAAUUCGAUGGAGUCCGGCGAUGAAUCACCAACCUCUCGUUCUGAGUCAAUCAGCUACAAUGCCCGCACGUUUUCAAGCCGAAUGAGUCAAAGUUCUAUCCUAAGAAAGCUGCGCGAAGACGUUCGGGAAUUGAAGAGAAGUCAACAAUCGUUGAGUGAGCAAAUGCGAGAAGAUCUCGAUCGCACGUAUGUCACCCCUGAGGAUCUCCUUGCCGUGGAGCACUCGUUGCAUGAUGCCCUCAAAGCCUAUGAUGAUGCUCUUGCAGAUAUUCGUGCUGCGUUCAAUGACAGGGAGGACAAGAAGGCACCACCAUCAGCUCUUGCAAUCUUGCAGGAGAUACCUCGUGUGAUUGAUGUCAUUGAAGAGCUCAUCACAGACAUGCGAAUCAGUUUAACAUCAAAAGCUCUGCAAUCUCAAUCGGAGAGCAAUCAGGCGAUUGAAGAACGAUUUGCGGACAAAUUUCAACUGAUGCAACAGAGAAUGGACAUGUUAAAUGCGGAUACAGAAGAGAUGGGUGUAGAACGCGAGAACUUGCGAAGCCUGGAGAAUUUGAUUAUUGAGUUAGAAGGAGCAAUGGAAGCGCGAGAAACUGAAAAUGCGUUCCUGGAUGAGCGAGUGGAGAAAGUCGAGCGAAUGAACGCGGACCUAUGUACACGGGUUGUAACCUUGGAAGAAAAAGCAAUGAGAGUCGAAGACUUUGAGCUCUUCAAAUCUGAGAUCUCUCGCGAUACUCCUUGGUUCAGCUCUUUAGAUUCUCCCUUGAUUGACAGAAACAAGAAUAGAUCACCAGAGCAAGAAACCGAAACCGGAGCCAGUCACAGCGCAAGCCGCAUCAAAGCGCUAGCAGCAAGAGUCAGGGGCGUGACUAUGUCGCUUUCCGAGCGUGGGCAGGAUUCCUCCCAAGAUCGUGCCCAAGCCGAUGAUCGGCGGUUGCUGGCGGAAACAGCUGCGGAGAUUCAGCAGUGGGAAAUUCGAACGUUGAAAGAGCAGGAAACCUCAGAAACCAUGGAAGCUGUAACGACAAGGCAGAAUGAAGCAAGAGAUUCGGAUCAACUAGAGUUUGUAUAG